AUGUUCGACUCACCUAAUGGUCGGGGGCCGUGUCUGCACAUCCAGACCCAAACUUCGACAGAGCCCGCGCAUAAUGGGCCAUGGCAAUUGGGCAACCGGGCCCAGGCGCGGGACGCAGCGAGCAGGCGCACGCCACAAUCGACGACAAGCUUUCGCCCAUCAGAGGUACGCGAUCAAAAUGCGUCGAUCCGCACGGGUGGAGAUGGCCAGCUGACCAAUGACAGACAAUCCAAGGGCGGCGUCGCAAUCAUGGCGCAGGCCAACUGGAUCUACUCACUGCAGUCCAUUGGCGAUGUUUUCAGCAGCAUCGAUGAGCUGUGCCAGAACUGUGCUUGGCUCCCCAAAGAGCUCUGCCGCAUCAACCAAGCCUUGCCUCACUUCUAUCACGCUAUCUCCACGUGCUGGCUCAACGCGCCAGAAGAGCCAUCGACAUGGGUGGUCUUGAUGCGAAUCGAAGCGUGCGCAAGGAGCCUGCACGAGACGAUGCGACAAGCAGUGUCGAGCGGUGCGUCUCGGCCUUCGGACCGCGGAGUCUUUAGCACCUUCGCCGAAGCUAGGCGCCUUCUGGUGCAGAUGCACGAGUCUUUGCUGUCACUGCCACCCGCAGGCACGCCGGAGUCUGUUCCGUCCAAUGGCACCGCUCGCAGCCAGACGACGAGCAUAGGCGAGGCGACUUCCGCUCAGAACGGCAAGUACCUGGUGCAUGGGUCUGGUACGCAGUACAACUCGAUCAACGAAGGCAGCGGCCGUCAGACUGUCACGAAUUACAGCACCACCAAGAUGCGUCAAGGCCGUGGCGGUCGGCGCGGCGCAACAGCCUAA